AUGGAGAUGGAUAACAAGAGUCAACCGACUACAGAGGAAAAGGGCAAGAUACAUGCGAAGGGGCACAGUGAGGCUGAAGCUAACAACACAAAGCAGGAUGACAAGUAUACGCGGCCUCCGCGCAUCAGUUUCGGCGUCGAGUUGGAAUUCCUCAUGCCGGCCUCGCCAAAGGAUGUGGAAUCGGACGACAAGAUUCCCGGCAUCGCUCCAAUUACGUAUGAGAUGUGCGCUUAUGAAGUCGUUAUCGACCUGUUGCGGGACCAUGGCAUCUACGCAGAAGGGCGUCACGACCACUCAGUACCAGGGCAUCCAUGGAUCGUCAAGACGGAUGGUUCGGUCGAUGAGGAUGGAGGAAGGACUGAGCCUCCCAUGUACUCUUGGGAAUCUGUGGAGAUUGCGAGUCCGCCCAUGUAUGCUUGCGAUGAGGCAUACAGGCUUGUGUCGGCGGUUGUUCGACUACUGACCACCAAACUUCGUGUCCGGGUCAACACAUCUUGCGGCCUCCAUGUUCAUGUUGGCAAUGGGCCCCAUCCGCUCGACAUACGUGCGGCGAGGAACUACGCGGCUCUUCUGUGGGCUUCUGAGCCGGUGUUGUCGACUUUGCAGUGCCCUACACGAAGUUUCGCAGGCUGGUCUAGGUCUAUUCGACGCUGGGAUGGCAUUCGCUUGACUGAGGGCACGACCGCGGAUAUGGCUCGCAGUAUAGUCGCAGAAUCAGGAUUCGUUGCUCGCCAUCUUGCACGAGCGAGGUAUCUGGGUGAAAGCCCUGUUGCUUCCAGGGCGCAGCUGCGCCAACGUAUACGGAAAGUUAUAGAAAGGAACCAUGGCGACCAUAUAUACCUGGACCCGAUAUGCGAAAGUGACGACUCGGAUUUUGAGGGCCAUAGUAGCGAACCAUUUGAGCGUCCAAGAAAGGCCAAAGAUGUGCAGCGUCGAGUAAGAAUUAUUCCAUAUGAGCAGGAAAUGGGCUCGGAAGUCAACGAUGCUCGCCUGGAUAGCGAGUCUAUCCGUUGCGAACUGCCUCCUCGGGUUGGCUUUCGAGUGCACCAGUUGGAGGGUUAUAGCCCAUCAUCUAGUUCAGCACCUUUGUUGGACGAAGGACGCACGAAGAAGAAAGCCGUGUCUCUUGAAGAAGUAAGAGCUAUCCCAUCAGAGAGAUACAACAUAACUGAACUCUCCCACGAGCAAAGACCCAAUCCCAACACGAAACUGGCCUGGAAAGGGGUUGCUGAGAUCAUGGCCUGCGACUUUGGAGUCCAUCAGAUUGCGCACUUGAUGACUGAAGCUGGCGGUCAUAAAGGGUACAGCAGCAACUGGAAAGGACAGCUCGGAGAUACCCUGCUACGUGAUCCCCAGAACGCGGCCGCCUCUACCAACCCCACUGUCGAGGCCCGUCUCGGGGGUGGUAGUCUUGAUGCCGAAUGGAUCGUCAUCUGGAUCAAGAUUCAGUGUCGUCUGCUCGAGUGGGCACGAGACGCUGACCCUUCGCAUUUGAUGCGGGUUAUUGGUAAGUUAUUUCGCGACGACCAUUCCCAGGAGUGCACAUACGAUGCCCUAGACUUCCUGAGGGACCUCGGCAUGUACACAGAACUCAAGUACUGCCGGGAGCGCCUGCGUAGGGGUGAGGAGGCGUGGUUUGAGUGUAUGAUGAUGAAAAAGGAGCCUUGGGGAUGCAGGGGAUGUGACGGUUUCGUCUUGGUGUCUCAUCAGAAUCCCUCCAACGAGGAUAUCAUCUUUUUUCCGCAGGAAGGUAACGACGAGUGGAGGGUCGAGGAACCUGCAGCUCCUGAGGAUUGGGGUCAUCUCAUGGCAGAAACUGGUGUCACUAGUCCUCAGGGUUGGUGA